CCCUCUACACACCCCGACUUCGGACGGCGCGGGCCGGCGCCUAUAUUGGCUUCACCGACAGCAUCCCUUUCCACCCGAAGAGAGGUAUCGGCCCCCAAGGGGGGCUCUCUCUGUCAGCCUCUGUCACCUCUGCAUGGCUGCAACCCUGCGAGCAGAGAGUCGUCGCCGCUGAGACCUGGUUGAUCCGGGACCCUGCCGCCGAGCGUGCCGCGCUGCGGGCCCCCAGUUUAGCCAUGCUGGCCUGUCUGCAGAGGACCCAGAACCCACCGGGCCAACACCUGGCCUGCCCGAGCAAGAGCCUGGAGCUGCGCAAGUGUGAGACGGCAGCCAGCUCCAUGCAUUCCUCCCGCUACCCGAGCCCGGCUGAGCUGGACGCCUAUGCCGAGAAGGUGGCCAACAGCCCGCUGUCCAUCAAGAUCUUCCCCACCACCAUCCGUGUGCCCCAGCACAAGCACCUCAGCCGCACUGUCAAUGGCUAUGACACCUGCGGCCAGCGCUACAGCCCCUACCCUCAGCACGCCGCAGGCUACCAGGGCCUGCUGGCCAUCGUCAAGGCCGCGGUCUCCUCCUCCAGUGUGGCCGCGCCCACCGGGCCUGCCAAAAGCGUGCUCAAGAGCGCCGAGGGCAAGCGGACCAAGCUGUCGCCGGCCACCGUGCAGGUGGGCAUCGCACCCUACCCAGCGCCCAGCACGCUGGGGCCCCUGGCCUACCCCAAGCCGCCUGAGGCACCCGCCCCGCCACCUGGCCUGCCCACAGCCGCGGCCACCGCCGCCUCCGUCAUCCCUUUGCCUGGCCGCAGCCUGGCCCUGCCGCCUUCCAACCUGCCCUCCAUCCACAGCAUCCUCUACCAGCUCAACCAGCAGUGCCAGGCCCCGGGCGCGGCGCCCGCUGCCUGCCAAGGCGUGGCUGUGCCCCACCCCAGCCCAGCCAAGCACGGCCCCAUGCCCAGCUUCCCCGGCAUGGCCUAUUCAGCCGCUGCCGGCCUGCCCGACUGCCGCAAAGGCGCUGAGCUGGGCCAGGGAAGCUCAGCGGCCUUGACAUUGGCUGGAGCCACCAAGCCUGCAGGGUACGUGGACGGCAGCCUGGAUUACCUGCUGUGGCCACAGAAGCCGCCCCCACCGCCACCCCAGCCGCUGCGGGCCUACAGCGGGGGCACGGCGGCCAGCAAGUCCCCAGAGGCUUGUGGGGGGCGGGCGUACGAGCGGGCCAGUGGGUCACCCCUCAACUGCAGCGUGGGGCUGCCCGCCAGCUUCACUGUGGGUCAGUACUUCGCUGCCCCCUGGAACAGCGUGCUGGUGACUCCCACCAGCGACUGCUACAACCCCGCAGCCGUGGCGGUCCCUGAGCUGGGGCCCGGUGUGGCCCGGGAGCUGACGGGGCCCCCCGCCGAGGCCCUUUCAGGCCUGCCCAGCAAGAGCGUGUGCAACACCGCAGUGCUGAGCAGCAGCCUGCAGUCGCUGGAGUAUCUCAUCAACGACAUCCGGCCGCCCUGCAUCAAGGAGCAGAUGCUGGGCAAGGGCUAUGAGACGGUGGCCGUGCCCCGGCUGCUCGACCACCAGCACGCCCACAUCCGCCUUCCCGUCUACAGAUAAGGCCUGCCUGGUGGAUGCACGGACCGAGGACAGGGCGCCGAGGGGGGCGGCCGGUGGAGAGCGGUGGUCGGUGGUGCCAGGGCCCAUCGAUGCCCACAGGAAGCUAGGCUGGCUGUGGCCGUGCCUGUCGAGGUUUGGCAGGGUGCCCUUGCUCAUCAAGGCCCCUCCCCACCCAUCAGCUGUCCCAGGACACGGGGAGGGCCCCUGAGCGGCUGCUGACAUCCACCCCUUCCUCCACCCACGUGGGCAGAGGCGGGAGAGAGAAACCACUUAAAACCGGGAGUGCUGCUUUUGGCUCUCCCAGCGCAGCGCACAGACCAGGGUGGGAUGCAGGAAGAAAUUGAUGGUUUAGAAUCAGGGUGGGUUCAGCGUAGCCCCUGGGGGUCAGAUAGCUCCCCCUAUAAGCUCCCCAGUCACCUGGAAAAGGAGCAGAGAGAGUCACUGGUCCCACAGUGUCCCCCACUGGCCAAUCCAGGUGACGGUCCACCUUAACAGAGGCCCCAGGGACUGCCCGGCCCCCUGCCCUUCCUCCUCUAGACUCUCCCUCCCCUUCCACUGCCCCCCUUCCUUCCCACACAGGAAAACCGCACCCCACCCCCACACUGUCCAAACCCGGGGCUACCCUGUCCCCUCCUCUCCGGGACAUCUUACAGGGCUGCGGGGCACAGCUGCAUAGGCCGUGCCCUGCACAAGGCACCUCGUCCAAGGACACGCCACUUGCAUCCUAGACUUGUAUAUUUAUUACGGCAAUUUUCUGAAUCCUGAGGAAGGGGUGCCAUUUCCCUAUUCGCACAAAGGCACCACAGGGGUUAACGACGGGCCUGCCGUCUUAGACCCCACCCGGGGGUCCCCGCCUUGCCUUCUUUGGGGUCCUUCCCUCGGACCCAGCGAGGGGGUAACCCGCCGGUUUAACGGCGAGGCCCAUGCAACUCCUUUCCUGCCAGCUGCCCUCCAUGGCCCGCCCCACACCACCCAGGGGCGAGGGGCGGCCGGCAGGGUCCCCGUCCAGCCCCCGAGGCCCGAGGCCCUGGCCCUGGCCCCUCUGGCGCCCCGGAAGCGGUACUGUAUCUCUCUCCAAGGCCUGUUCAAGCACUAAGUGCAUUUACAAAUCUCUGAGAAUGU